AUGGUGGUGGUGGAGUGUGUGACCGUGGCCGACCAGGCAUGCCGCUGUCUUCAAGGCUGCUACAGAGAGAUGUUAAAGGACUUUCAUGAAGGCACUGCCAGUAACUCCAACAAGAGCACCCCCGCCUGCUCACCGGUUCUACGGAAGCGCUGCCACUCCCCGACCCUCCAGAGCCCGGACGGGGACAACAUGGUGGAGAAGGGCUCGGACCACUCCUCCGACAAGUCGCCCUCCACCCCAGAGCAGCUGGUGCAGAGAACGUACUCCCUGCAGUCGUCCCGCAGCGGGGGAAAGAACUCCAAGUCUCACAAGCGACUUUCCAAAUAUGACAGACUAAACUUAAUCAAAAAGAGCCAAAGCUGGUAUAACGGAGAGACAUGUGGAGCGAAGGGGGCGGAUACAGCAGUCCUCCUCAUACCGACGGACUUCUACUCGGGCUCGCAGUCUCUGAAGCGGGAGGGCGAAUGCAACAGUUGUGAGAUGGACUCCGAGGAUAGUUCGUUGUCAGACUGGGAGGCAGUGCUGCAGCUGGACGAGGCGUUGGCCGGGUGGUUUCUGCAGGGUCCGGCGCAGACAGAGUGGGGAUGGGAGUGUGGCAGGGCGGCCUAUGAUGACCGAGACCCCCUGUGGGAUAAUGAGGAGAUACCAGCUGUGCUGAGCCCCACAUACAAACAGCGCAAUGAAGAUUUUAGGAAACUCUUCAAGCAGCUCCCCGACACAGAGAGGCUCAUUGUGGAUUACUCCUGUGCGCUGCAGCGGGACAUCCUACUACAGGGUCGACUCUACCUCUCAGAAAACUGGAUCUGCUUUUAUAGUAACAUAUUUCGAUGGGAGACACUGUUGACAGUGCGGCUAAAAGACAUUUGCUCAAUGACGAAGGAGAAGACAGCACGCCUCAUUCCUAAUGCCAUUCAGGUCUGCACGGACUCUGAGAAGCACUUUUUUACAUCUUUUGGAGCCAGGGACAGGACGUACAUGAUGAUGUUUAGAUUGUGGCAGAAUGCUUUGCUAGAAAAGCCCCUGUGUCCUAAAGAGCUGUGGCAUUUCGUCCACCAGUGCUAUGGCAACGAACUGGGUCUGACAAGUGACGACGAGGAUUAUGUUCCACCAGACGAUGACUUCAACACGAUGGGGUUCAGCGAAGAAAUCCCCAACGAGGAGAACGAAAUAAACAACGACAACUUAUCCAAAAACAACGUUGAAUCCAAGCCUGAAGGAAGCCCGCCUCUGCUACAUCAUAAAAAGGUCGUUUCUAUCAAUUCCAUCAGUCCAGGAAACCAUGACACUCCGAUCUCUUUUGAGCUCCCGGCAGAGGAGUUCACGGACUGCCUGACAGACGGAGAUCUUCUUGCUUUGCCUCUGGUGGUGGAGGACAAUAACCAGCCUGAGCCCGGUGCCCCCGUCCCGUCGCCCUCUCUGGACUUCAACGACAACGAAGACCUCCCCACGGAGCUGAGCGACUCCUCCGAAACACACGACGAAGGUGAAGUCCAAGCUUUCCAUGAAGAUCUAAACGGCCGACAGCACAUCAACGAGGUCUACAAGUUUAGUGUAGACAAACUGUACGACCUGCUCUUCACCGAGUCACAGUUCAUGAGCGACUUCAUGGAGCAGCGGCGGUUCUCUGAAAUAGUGUUUCAUCCCUGGAGGAAGGAGGAGAACGGAAACCAGACCAGAGAAAUCUUGUACACGAUAUCGUUGUCCAACCCACUGGCUCCAAAAACAGCGACAGUCACAGAGACACAGACUCUGUAUAAAGCCAGCGUGGAGAGCGAGUGCUUCAUUAUUGACGCCGAGGUCAUCACACACGACGUCCCGUACCACGACUACUUCUACACCCUGAACCGCUACAUGCUGACCAGAGUGGCCAAGAACAAGUGUCGAUUACGAGUCUCAACAGAGCUGCGCUACAGAAAACAGCCGUGGGGACUCGUCAAAGGUUUUAUCGAGAAAAACUUCUGGAGUGGACUAGAAGAGAACUUCCGGCAACUUGGGCUGGAGUUGGCAAAGUUGGAGGAGAUCAUGUCCGAGUCCCAUCAGUUGUCCCCGAAAGUCAAAGUGGGGAAAAACUCCACGCUCCGCAGGAAGAAGAGGAACCUCCCUCACAUGCGCAGCCAACACCUGGACGAAGCCCUAAGCCCCGUUACCACGCCGACGGACGAGGAAGUGAUUCAGCGGAUCAAACACGUGGCAGGAUCCACCCAGACCCGGUACCAGGGUCCGGAACACCAGCACCUGCCCACCACCUUCGCCCUGUACAGUGUCUCCAGACUGCUGCUCAUCAUCAGCUUUGUGAUCUGUCUAAGCCUGGUUUUGUUGGUGUUCCUCAACAUGCUGCUCUUCUACAAGCUGUGGAUGCUGGAGUACUCUGCUCAGUCUUUAACCACGUGGCAGAGUUUGCGUCUUCACGAAAGCAAACUUCCACAGACGCAGCUGGAGUGGGCUCAGCUCCUAGAGACGCAGCAGCGCUAUCACGACUCCGAGAUGCAGAAGUGGAGGGAGAUUAUCCGCUCCUCUGUGGCGUUGUUAGACCAGAUGAAAGACUCUUUAUUGAAUCUUCAAAGAGGGAUCGGUUUGAGAGACUACAGCUCUGAGACUGAAGACAGGAGUCAAUAUCAAUGA